UUGCAGCUCUUAUUUAGGAAGAAAAACAAGAGAAAUAUAUUAAGCUGAUAAGAAUAGAUACUGCACUUGCUCAUAGCUAACAGGCGAGAAAGGUACGAGGAAAGACAAGAAAAGUUAGAACAAAAGUAAUCUUGAAAUUAUAAUUCAAAAAAGGUUGGUUUCCUCUUGUUUGUGUUGGUCAUGUAGGAUGUGAUGACUCUAACUAAAGCAAUUUAAUUUAUCUUUACUUGAAUGUAGCAGAGAUAGCUGGUUUAAAUUAUUUGAUUUUUCUUGUAUCUCUACAUAUAACUGCUGUUAGUAGUUUGUAUUUGCUGUAUUGAGCUGUGAAAGAGUGGGUUUUGUCGUUGGUCCAUACAACUAUACAAGUGAAGUCCAUAGUUUACCAUGUGAGUAAACCGACAAGGAGUCCUCACAAUAUUAGAAGUGUUAAGAACCAUGCAAAGUGUCUUACUUUCCUUUUUAGUCACUUUAAAAGAUAAUGCCUCUUUCUAUAUUUGGUAAGUCUCUAAUUCUAAUAUUCUACAUGGCUUAUUUAAGGCCACAAGAUUCAAAGGACAUUUUUUAGUACAUUACAUCCAUCUUUAGUCCUAAACUAUAAGAUACGAAAGUCUCUUUUAUUUUCUUAAACUCAAACUCUGUGCCUAGUCAAAUUAAGGCACUUCAAUUGAAAUGGAAGGAGUAGAAUUCUGGUGAAAAUCUUCUGAUCCGUCUUAAGAUAUUGUCUACUGAAAUGAGAAAGUCGCAGCUUUGCUUGAUAAUUUCUCUAAUCAGAGCCACCUUGUACUUUAGAAAGAAGAAAGAAUGGAAAAUCUUAUAUGCACUUUUAUUUGGUGGUACAUCUCACUUGGUGAUUCCAUUCAAGUUGGAAUGUACAUAACUGCUUAUCUUUUCAUGAGGACCAAAAAGAAUGAUGUAGGAGCUGAGGCAGGAGAAGUGUCAGAUUCAUCAACAUCUGCUGUUACUGCAGUUGCAGAAAAGCAAGCAACUGUUCCAGCUCCUGUGCAGCCUGCUGUUGUUCAUGAACCAAUACCAGAAAAACAACAACGGGAACUAAUGAAGUGGAUAUUGGAAGAAAAGAGAAAACUUAAGCCAAAAGAUCCCGAGGAGAAAAGGCGCAUUGAUGAGGAGAAAGCCCUUCUCAAGCAGUUUAUUCGAGCCAAGUCCAUUCCAAGUUUGUAGUGGAGACCCUUCACAGCUUUGAUUGAUACCAUUACCAGUAGUCUUGGAUUCACAAACUUAAUGUUUUGAGGUUGGAUUUCCCCUAUUUUCUUUUCACUGUAAAAAUGCACUGACGAAUCAAUUUGCUUGGACAAUGAAUGUAUAUACGAUCUUUGUCUGAAUGUUUGACUUUUACAAGAAAUUGGUAAAUUGAGUGCUUUCUCUUUA